UGUCAAAGUCAAACGCAUAAAAUGUCAUUAGCACGUUGCGCAGCGUCGGCAGCGGUUCCGGCUUGUAAGUUGGUGCUCAAGCAGCUGUGCAAGGUUACUUGUACUCGGAACGGCAUAUCGCGAGCUCGGUAUUCAGUGUCAACAGCAGCCACUCGACCGUCCACCGCAACAGCCAAGAUGUACAUCGCAGAGGAGAGAGGUUCACCUUACGCUCCCGACUACCGGGUGUUUUUCAAGGAUGAGAGUGGGCCAAUCUCGCCACUGCACGACAUUCCACUAUGGGCGGACCGCGCGCAGAAGAUCGUCAACAUGGUUGUAGAAGUGCCUCGCUGGAGCAACGCGAAGAUGGAAAUCAGUCUCGGGGAACCUUUGAACCCCAUUAAACAGGACGUGAAGAAGGGCGCGCUGCGCUUCGUGAGCAACGUGUUCCCGCACCGCGGCUACAUCUGGAACUACGGCGCGCUGCCGCAGACGUGGGAGAACCCGCAGCACGUGGACCCGGGCACGCAGGCGCGCGGCGACAACGACCCCAUCGACGUCAUCGAGAUCGGCGAGCGCGUGGCGGCGCGCGGCGACGUGCUGCCCGUCAAGCUGCUGGGCACGCUGGCGCUCAUCGACGAGGGCGAGACGGACUGGAAGCUCAUCGCCGUCGAUGCGCGCGACCCGGCCGCCGCGCGCUUGAACGACGUGGCCGACGUGGAGGCGCUGUUCCCCGGCCUGCUGCGCGCCAGCGUGGAGUGGUUCCGCCUCUACAAGGUGCCCGACGGCAAGCCCGUCAACCGCUUCGCCUUCGACGGCGAGGCCAAGGGCAGGGACUUCGCCUACAAAGUCGUCGAUGAGGUGCACGAGUUCUGGCGAGGCCUGGUCUCCGGCAAGGUCGCCGACGCUACCGACAUCAACAAGACCAACGUGACGGUGGAGGGCAGCCCGGGGCGCGUGGAGCGCGCGGAGGCGGCCGCCAUCCUGGGCAAGGCGCCGCCGCGGGGCCUCCCGCAGCCCAUCCCGCAAUCAGUGGACAAAUGGCACUACUUAUCAAACUUGUAAGGGACCGUGAGGAGCCUCGCGGCGCUGGCGCCCGGGUCGCGUUCGCUUCGACUAGUUCAUAAUGUAUUUAUAUCUGAUUAAAGUUAUCGUUGUUA